GUGUAGACUGGGAAGGUGGGUGUGUCCUCGGACUCAGACAGCAGCAGCAACGAGUGUUCGGAGAAGAAACAGAAAAAUGUCCUCGGUCCCUGACGGGAAGAAGCUGCUCCGCAGCCCCAGCGGCCUCCGCAUGGUUCCGGAGAACGGCGCCUUCAACAGCCCCUUCGCCCUGGACGAACCGCAGUGGGUCCCGGACAAAGAGUGUCCGAGGUGUAUGCAGUGUGACACCAAGUUUGACUUCAUCAGGAGAAAGCACCACUGUCGACGGUGCGGCCGCUGCUUCUGUGAUAAAUGCUGCAGUAAGAAGGUGGCGCUGCCGCGCAUGUGUUUCGUGGACCCGGUGCGUCAGUGUGCCGAGUGCAGCCUCGUCUCCCAGAAAGAGAUGGAGUUUUUUGACAAGCAGCUCAAAGUUCUGCUGGGAGGCGGCACCUUCAUCGUUACGCUGGGGACGACAGAAAAGACGGAGACGAUGACGUGUCGUCUGUCCAACAACCACAGGUAUUUGUUCCUGGACGGUGAAAGUCACUUUGAGGUGGAGUUGUCUCGCAUGUCCAGCAUGCAGAUCCUGACAGACGGGACGAGUCCAGGAGACACUGACAUUCACACUUACACCAGUCUGCUGGACAGUCAGUGUAUCUCUGAAGGAGGGACAUCCAGAGCCAGUGGCAUGUUGCUUCAUUACAAACCCAUGGGCUCUCAGGACGCUCAGCAGCUCCGCCUGGAGGCUGCAGACGACAAGAAGGUGGCUUCACUAUGGCUCGCUGCCAUGCACAAGGCUGCCAAACUGCUGUAUGAAUCCCGGGACCAGUGACGGACAGAGCAGCUGAACUCUGAACCAGGCAGCGCACACACACACACAAGUGUUUGUCCUCCGUCUCCUCUGAGGUUUCUUUUCUCUUCUUUUCUUUUUUUAAUUUAAUUAAUUAACGUCCGUUCCGAUUCUGCUCCUCCACUGAUUCCACAUCAGCUCUUGAUAACCCGUUCUUAUCACGGUCACUUUUACAAGAAAGAAAGAAAGAAAGAAAGAAAGAAAUGUUUAUAUAUAUAUGUAUGUUUGAAAAAAAAAACAACAACAAUUUUAUUACCUCUAUUCUUCAUGUUUACCACAAACAGUCUGAUUGUUCUUCCCGUCUUUUUUCUCUCAGGGGAUGAAGACACGCGCUUAUAACGUUUAUAUAAAAGCCACGCCCACUUUAACUUCCUGCUCCUUGACUUUAAAUCCAAAUGAUCCUAAACUACGGCGACACGUGACCUUUUCAUAAACCGUUUAAAAACGCGACGACUUUAUACGCUGCUGUUAUUUUUCUCAGUGUGUUUGUUAAUGAGGAUUUCAUUUCCUGGUACAAAUCAGGAGACACUUAAAAGACUGCGUCUACAAGUUAGAGGACAAAUCCGCUUUAAAACCCUUUAAAUCAGGACAGAAAAGCUGCUUUUGGGGUGUGGACACUGGUUAUUUGUCUCUGUAUGUGUCCCUGUGAUGGACUGACGACCUGUCCAGGGUGUGACCCCUGCUUUUCACCCUAUGUCCGGCUGGGAUUGGCACCAGCGACCCUGUGACCCUCGCGUGGAGGAUUUUCCACGACAGUUCCAGCACGCGGCGGCUCGACUCUGCGACGUUUUGGUAUCAGUCACGCCGUUUUUCCAUGACUUCAUAGCUCCUCCUCAACGUGGGCGGGGUUGUCAUAGUCCUGGCUGCGCGAAAGUGCCGUGACGUGCUUUUAUAUACGCGACGCAAACGCACCAAUAAAGCACCAAUUACCACGUACUGUCCCUCAUGGAAAAGCAAAAUAAAACGAGCAGAGUCGAGCUGAACUGCAACUGUGUCGUGGAAAAGCGCCAGAGGCGUAUUUGUCCUUUAACAGGCGACCGUUGAGCUUUAGAUUCAGAUUCUGUCGUGAAACUUCUGGUCGUGUGUGUGUGUGUGUCUUUUUUUGGUUCUUUUUUCUGCGAUAACUGUAUAAUUUACAAGGAUUUACAGAUUUAACUCCUUAGGCGUCUGUCUGGGGAAAACGACGAGAUGUUUUCACUGAUUCUGGUGAAAACUAAAUAUAAACGCAGACGUAUAAUAAUAAUAAUAAAUGCUUUAAAUGUACUUUCAUGUAUCAAAGUUUUGUACGAGAUAUUUUCUUUAAUAUUCCUACUUUAACACGUAAUGGCGUGAUUUUUAAAGCCGAAGUAUGACUGGAAUCAGUUUGUUUUUUCUUCCGUAAAAAAACACUUGUGUACACAGUAUUUUCUCUUCCUGUUUGUUGUCGUCAUGGUUACCUGCCGCGACGCAAACGCAGUUCACCGAUGUUUGAGUUGGAACGCUCGGGCAGGUCACUCUCACUCGUGCUUCCAGGGACGUACGUGUCGCAAACAGAAAACGUCGACGUGGACUGAAAUGUUUCAAACUUUCGCGUUUGUUUUCACAAAUUAUGCAUUAAAAGGUACAUUGUGUGAAAUUUAGGAAUGGCAAACAUAGCAAAUGACUGUAUCGCCUUGAUAUGGGUGUCAUUUUAGACCAUUUUUUUAAACUGUUGGGCUAUUAUUUAGUAAUUCUCCAACUUUAGAACAAAUAUUCGUCUCACAUAACAAGAAAUAAACAGCCCGCAACAUGACUUUUUUUACAGUCUAAACACAUAUAUAUAUAUACAUAAAUAUGUAUGUAUGUGUAUAUAUGUAUAUAUAUGAUUUUUGGGGUUUUUUUUGUAUCGGAUUUUAUGUUUUUAUCUGUCCGAUAUCCGAUACAGUGAUUUUGACCAGUAUCGGACCGAUACUGACCGAUACCGAUUCCCAUCCCUAAUAAAAAAAAACAGCCAAAACAAUUAAACACAAUAAAAACGGAUCAAAUAAAAUAAAUAAAAUGGAAAUAACAUCAAAAAAGAUACUUAAUACACUACUCAUAUCGGUAUCGGUUCAAUAUCGGUGCGUUAUAUUGUGUUGGAGAAAGUACGUAGCCUUGAGUUAGCAUCAAAACUGACUACUCCUACAGUAUAUACAAAUAUAAAAGGCUCAUUCUGGAGUUAAUGGGAAAAACAGAAGUAAAGCACAAUUUCUGCAAAAUUUCACACACUAGACCUUUAAAUCUGAUUUUGUUACACGCGAGUGAAGGACUCAAAAGUUCAGUUUUGCGUCAGUGGAGACGCCAAGUAUUAUAUUAUAUUUAGUUACGAUCGCCAAGUGUAGAAGAUGACGUCACAGUGACAAACGUCUUUUAUUUAUCCGUUUCUGACUUUGUUUGAGUGAAUCGAGCACAGAGUGAGUUCACCUUUAGUAAAAAAAUAAAUACUUGUCGUGACCUUCACCUUUUCCUCUUCCUCCACUUUGUAAUGUAAAGUUUAUUUUUAUACGCUGCUCACCUAAGAACUGAAGUUGUUGUUUGGUUUGAAGCUUCCAGGAAAGAUUUGAGUGAAAAAAAAGGAUUAUAAUCCAUAAUCUCCUCGUUAGACGUCAGUUAUCUUCCAUUAAACAUCUGAUUUAUGUGACGGAGGUUGAUGUUAGAGCUGCACAGUUAUCAAACAUGAUGAUAAAUUACGUUUACAGAACACCAUCAUGUGGGACUAAUUUUGCCGCUCCUCUGGAUUAUCUUCAAUGUUCAACAAUAAUCUGGAGUUUUUGUUGUCACUUUAAACAAAAACCGGUGUAUGUACCCUCACACGCUGAUUUACUGUCGCCAACUUCAUUUAUUUUACUGAAAAUGCUCCACAGUAUGUCACAACUUUGUUGGAUUAUUCUGUUGGGAAUAAAAUCAAGUGUUUAUAA